CAAAUUUGAUAAAACCAGUGGGAUAACUCUAUGGCCUGGGCCUUGGAGUAGCUCUAGCAACUUCAUGGCUUCUUCAUAUUCACUUUGCUGCUUCUUGAACUCAUGCUCCUCUGCAUCAGUACUCAAGCCAUCCUCAGCCACACGCUUUUCCUUAUCUUUUUCUCACUCUAUCUUUAAUGGCCACAAUGGAGUUUCACUGAACAGAGCUGGCUCUAGCUCAAGUAUACGUGCCAAGUUUGAUAAGUUCCAAGGUGAGGAUAGUCCUAAUACCAUCACACCUUCUACUUUACCAGCACAGCCAGAAAUUAUUCAAGAAGAUGUAGAAGAGGAAGAUGAUGACAGCUGCUUGCCUUCUGACUUGGAGGGGGCCGUCCGGCAAUCAAGUCAAGCAACUGCCUCAUUUUUGUCUUCAGGAGGAAUGAGAGCAAUAGUUGAGCUCCUGAUUCCCCAGUUGCAGUUUCUAGAUGAUGAAGGUGCACAAGCUGAGCUCUGGGAACUGUCAAGAACUUUCUUGGAUACACUAAUUAAAGAAACAGGAUCUCAGAGAGUUAAAGCCAUAUUUCCCGAUGCUGGUGCUGCUGCACUUCUAAAGUACCAAUGGAAAGAUGCUGCUUUUGGAUUUUCUAGCUUAAGUGACAGGAAGCCUGUAGAGAGUGAAGACGAGAUCGUGGUUAUGGUUGUUCCUGAUUAUCAGAUGUUGGGAUAUGUAGAGAGAAUUGCAUCUGAUCUCUCAGAUGAACCGCCGAGGCCUCUCAUCAUGUGGAACCCGCGUCUAAUCAGUGAGGAUGUAGGAGUUGGGGUUAACGUUCGAAGGUUAAGGCGGUACUUUCUACGCACUUUUUCAACAGUUUACUCAAUGAGACCUCUGCCAUCUGGUGCCGUGUUUAGGUGUUAUCCAGGAUUGUGGAAGGUGUUCUAUGAUGAUAAGGAUAGACCAAACAGAUACCUCCUUGCCAAAGAACUCAUUAGCCGUCCUGAUGCGGAGGAUCUUGAGAUAAUAUUUGGAAAUGUAGCGGAGGGAUCAGAGCAGGGUCCAUCUCUGUUUAACAGAGCAGCCAGCGUCUUCUCUUCACUAAAUCGGUUUAUGAAGGCGAUUUCAAAAUAAUCCUUUUAUUUUUAUCUGUUCCCACAAAUAUGUUGAAGAUCAAUCUAUUUCUAUCCUGCAUCAUUUCUUUUUAAAUUUUGUAGCUUGAACCCGACUUUAUAACGCAUAAUACAUAUAGUUGCAUUACACAAUCUUGAGUCAAGUACCUGUUCGUCUCAAUGUAAUAUCAGGAAAUGGCGCAACAAGAUGCACCAAAAUAUAGCAUACUUGA